AUCAGUUGUCAGUCAGUCAUUCGCCCUCGGGCAUCUGAGCGCGACACUUCUCUCUUUCGAAGCUGCCCUGUUCGUUGGCGCUCUCAUUCUCUCCUCGUCUCGAUUCGUAAGCGAGGUCCUUCUCCUCCUCAUCCUCCUCCUCUUGCGGGAGGCCUUCUCUUGGCAGAUAGAAGCUUAAAUUUUUUUUUUUUCACAUCCUUCGACUCGGGUGAUAGGAAGAUGUGGGGGCUGGUGACCCUUGUUUGGAUCGUAGGAGUCGCUUCGUCUGUGCCCGUCGAGGACGAUGCGCCCCUCGUGCGGGUUGCGAGACAACAGCCUAUUUACGGGAUUACGCAUCUGGACAUCAGGGACGCCAUCUUGACUCUGGAGAAGGUCGUCAAAGAUGUGACCAAUAAACUGAACCGCCACGAGGCGAGGGAGGCCCAGGUCGCCGACUUCACGACGAAGACCUUGAAUGCCCUGAACUCCGACCACUCCCUGGUGGAGAAGAGCAUGCAGGCUGUGGCUCGUCAGCUCACAAAAAUGGAGGAGAGGCUCUUGUCCAUCGAGUCCCUCAUCCAGACGACGGACGAGCGCCAAAGAAUGAUGUUAAAUAGGAUGUCCCAGAGCAUGGACCGCUUCUUAAGCCAAGAUCCCAACUCCCACAUCCCUCCACCACCUCCCCUGGACUUCCCUCUCUCUCUUCCCUCAAGAGGAGGAGGAGGAGGAGGAGAGGAAGACGAGGUCGGCAAGAACGUCAAGAAGAUAGUGAGGAAACUCACUCAGAUGGACACCACCAUCUUGAGAGAACUUGAGAGGGUUUCCACGGAGGUACAAACUGUGACCGAGUCACUCGGAACACAAAUUUCGCAGCUUCAGUUGGGCCAUGAUCAGCUUUCGGCCUCCAUGGAAACUUGUGAGAGAAGCUCUCUGGAAGCAAUGCAGCAACUGAUGUCAAGAGCACAGGCAUCUGGAUGCAGUGGUGGUGGAGAUGUUCCAGGUGAUGUUAGUUCGCGUUUGGAUGCUCUUGAUCGAAGAUACCAAGAACAAGAGGCCGAGAUUCAUAGUAUGGGAGCAGACACCCACAGGAAUUUGGAGGAAACUCUGAACCUUCUGAAGAAACUUGUUGAUGAAAGUCAUAAUGGGCAGGCUGUUAUUAAUGCCUCUGUGGCAGAUUUGACCCGGAAUCUUCGACAGCUUGAUGACACCACUCAGGAUGGCUUAGGUCGGCUUACAAUGGACGUGCAAACAGCUCUGAGGGAUAGCUCAGAUGCUUUGUCAGAAACUGUAUCAGAAAUGGCAAGCCAGAUAAAGCAAGAAACUUCAAACAUUAUGGACACCCUUGAUGAUACAGCCUCCCAGGCAGAAAACCUGCAGCAUACUGUCCUAGAAAACUAUUCAGAACUGUCAGAUCAGAUUGGUAGUUUGAAGAAGGUGGAGAAAGUGAUGAUCAACACAGCUGAUGCAGUCCUUGACACUAAGCGCAGCAUUGAGUUUGGAAUACAGCAGAUCAUUUUGGAGCUGGGAGAAAUUGUCAAGAGUAGUGGAAGCACCAUUAAUACUACUCUGUCAGAUCAGAUUAGUAACAUCUCAUUCGCUAUCCUUAAGAAUCAGACAUCAGCUCUGACAAACAUGACUGCUAAAAUGGAGCAGGAAAUAUCACAGGUGUGGAGACAGAUUGGCAUUAUGUAUCAGCAGAUGACACAGUCUGUAGAUCUUCUUGAUCAGUUGAGAAACACCACUAAGUUGCACAUGAACGCGUCACUCUCUCGUGUUGGAGAAAUGGACGGAACAGUUGGACAGAUCAACACCAAAGUCGCAGAUGUCGAAGACAAUCUCAACUAUCUGCUGGGACGUUUGUCCUUGGUAGUCUCAGAGUUCAACCUCAUGAAAGCAGGUGUGGGAGACGAACUUGUUCGAUUGAGAGAGAACCUCGCCAAAGGAAACGCGGGCCAGUUUGGUUACGAAGGUGACGAACCAGCGGAGUACCGUUACGACAUCAGCCGGAAGCGUCAUGCCAUCCAUUCGGAGAGUCGUUUGCAGGAGCGCGAGGCAUUGCCGCCUCCUAGUUAUUUCGAACAAAAUAGGGAACCUCUUACCGUAUUUUAAGUUUCGUUUAUAAAUAACUGUUAAAUUUAACAGUGUAAAUUGGCAGACAGCCAGAUGAGAAUCCUUAAAGACAGUAGCAUUUCUGUUCAUGCUUCUCAACAUGCCCUAAGCAUUGCCAUUUUAUACAUUUUUGUUCUUUGCUGUCCUGUUGUUUUUGGCAUUAUAUCCAGUUGUCUUUUUAUUUGUAAUAGCUAGUUAAAUAAUGCGUCACUUUUGUAGUAGGAAGACUUAUUUCAGUCUUGUUUAUCAUUGCUUGCUUGUAAUUAAGAAUGUAAGUACAAAAUGCAGCAGUCAACAUCAAGUCAUACUUUGUGUUCUCUGCGAAAACUACUGAACACUAUAGUUCUGGCACUAUAGUAGAUUGUAGGUUAUCAUCAGAAGACAGAACGAUUGAAAUCCGUUGAUGUUACUCAAGUUAACAAACUGAGACCUGGACCCAUUAUAUAUCAAGGUAAGUUUUGGUGCAACCUGAAAGUCUCCCAGUGCUCUUUGUUAGCUGCGUCUUAGUUGUAAGUUUUUUUAAAACUUUUCUGAUGUAAUUGCAGUGAAAGUAACUUAGUAUAGUCAGUACUUUACAAAUAAAAAGGCUAACCA